AAAGAGAAGCUCAGAAAGGGAAGGAAGGAAAGAAAGAAAGAAAGAAAGAAAGAUUCCCCCAACCCCAACCCAAGGCAAAAAAAAAAAAAAGAUUUAUUAGUUUCUCGCUCGCUCGCUAUCUCUCGUCUCGUCCCCAAAUUUGUUUAUCCACUCCCGCUUCUUCAUCAGUUUCAUCAGUUCAGUUUUACUUCCAUUCAAUUCAAUCGGAAUAGCACAGUGAGAAGAAGGAGUCCUUAACCUCCUCCAAUCUUUACAAUUCCCUCCCUCUUACUCUUUUAUAUUCAGCAAUUCAAUAGAUUUUCAGGCCGGACAGACAUUCACACACAAACACAUAGAGAGGAUAGUGAAUGGGAACAGGUUCUUCGAAGAAUGCGGAGGGGGGCUCCCAUGCCGGAGAGGACCGAGAGGACCAUUCCAGUGGCCAGCAGCUCUACGUCUCCCUCAAGAUGGAGAACUACAAGCGCAAGUCCGACCUCAUCCCUCACGUUUACGGCUCCGUCCCCCUCAUUGGCUCUUGGGAUUCCUCCAAAGCUCUCUCAAUGGAGCGGGAAUCGAAAUCCACUUGGGAGCUGAGCUUUGUUGUCCCUCCCAAUCACGAGACUCUGGAUUUCAAGUUCCUUUUGAAGCCCAAAUAUGGCAAUGCGCCUUGCAUAGUCGAGGAAGGCCCCAAUCGGCUACUCGCAGGGGGUCACUUGCAAGGGGAUGCACGGCUCGCAAUAUUUAGGUUCAAUGCUGAUGAGGUUCUCGAGCACCCCGUGGUCAUUAAAGCCAACCGCGUUUCUCCAUUUGACCUUGCAGCCAGUUGGAGAGCCUACCAAGACAAUCUCCAGCCUUCAACAGUUCGUGGGAUUCCGGAUGUUAGUAUUAAUUCUAUGCCCGAAGCUGGAGCGGAGAAUGGUUCUUCCGCUAGUUUGGAACUUGAUCUGGAGCACUAUGUGGUCCCUGCUCCAUCAACCUCGGCGAACUCGGCUUUGGUUUAUGCUGCUAAUAUGACGGAAACUCCAAGGUCUUUAACCCGUACUGGUGUUUUUCCUCCCAACAACCUCAGCGAGCUCAGCUCAAGCAGUACCUCACAUUCUUCAAAGGAUAACAGUGUUCCUUUGGACCGGCCUCCUACAACAAAGAUGGAAAUUAUUGUCCCAGAUCCGUCCAAGGGCUAUCCAGCUUCAGGCAUGGUGGAGUCAAAGUCAGUGGGGACUUUUUCGUCUUUGCAGAAACAAGAUUGUCACCGUGGACUUUUUGUAGAUCGUGGUGUUGGUUCACCUAGAUUGGUCAAAUCCUCAAGCUCAAGUGCAUUCACUUUGGAUCUUAAAUCAUAUGCAGAAAACAAGAAUCCAAUGCCAGCAGCUGCCGGAGCUGUGGCUGCUGCAGCAGUAGCUGAUCAGAUGCUUGGGCCGAAGGAGGAUAGGCAUUUGGCAAUUGUUCUGGUUGGAUUACCAGCUCGAGGCAAGACUUUUACUGCAGCAAAACUUACAAGAUACCUUCGUUGGUUGGGUCACGAUACAAAGCACUUCAAUGUUGGGAAGUAUCGGCGUCUCAAGCAUGGGACUAAUCAGUCUGCAGAUUUCUUCCGAGCUGAUAAUCCAGAAGGCGUGGAGGCACGGAAUGAGGUAGCAGCUCUGGCAAUGGAAGAUAUGAUAUCUUGGAUGCAAGAAGGAGGUCAGGUAGGGAUAUUUGAUGCAACAAACAGUACCAGAAAAAGGAGGAAUAUGCUGAUGAAAAUGGCUGAAGGGAAAUGCAAGAUUAUCUUUCUGGAAACACUUUGCAACGAUGAGCGCAUUAUCGAAAGAAAUAUACGACUUAAAAUUCAGCAAAGCCCUGACUAUGCUGAAGAACCAGAUUUCGAAGCUGGGCUGCAUGAUUUCAAAAUUAGGCUAGCCAAUUAUGAAAAGGUUUAUGAGCCCGUGGAAGAAGGAUCUUAUAUUAAAAUGAUUGAUAUGGUCAGUGGGCAUGGAGGGCAGAUACAAGUGAACAAUAUUAGUGGGUAUCUCCCAGGACGAAUUGUUUUUUUCUUGGUGAAUACACAUCUCACACCACGUCCAAUACUCCUUACGAGGCAUGGGGAGAGCAUGGACAAUGUUAGAGGCAGAAUAGGGGGUGAUACUGUGUUGAGUGAUGCUGGUGAACUUUAUGCAAGGAAACUCGCAAACUUUGUUGAAAAGAGACUGAAGUCUGAAAGAGCUGCUUCAAUAUGGACCAGUACACUGCAGAGAACAAUCUUAACAGCCAGCCCAAUAGUCGGAUUCCCAAAGAUCCAAUGGCGCGCACUUGAUGAGAUAAAUGCUGGAGUCUGCGAUGGAAUGACUUAUGAGGAGAUAAAGAAAAACAUGCCGGAAGAGUAUGGGGCACGCAAAAAGGAUAAGCUGAGAUAUCGGUAUCCUCGUGGUGAAUCUUAUUUGGAUGUUAUCCAGAGGCUGGAGCCUGUGAUCAUUGAGCUCGAACGACAAAGGGCUCCUGUUGUAGUGAUCUCUCAUCAGGCUGUGUUGAGAGCAUUAUAUGCAUAUUUUGCUGAUAGGCCUCUCAAAGAGAUACCACAUAUUGAGAUGCCGCUUCAUACUAUAAUAGAGAUUCAAAUGGGAGUAACGGGUGUCCAAGAGAAGAGAUACAAGCUCAUGGACUGAGACUGAUCAUCAUCAUCAUCAUCAACAGCAACACCAUCAUCAUCAUCAUCAUCAUCAUCAUCAUCAUCAUCAUCAAGUUAUGACAGAAAAGUACCAAAACUUAUUCUGGUUGCUCUUGUAACUGAAAAUACUCCCUUUCUUUUCUGUUCUUUUUUUUUUUUAACUCUCUUUAGGCAUUUUGUUUUUCUUUUCUUCUAAGUAACCUCGAUGAUGCAUCGGCCGAGGUAUUGUAACAUUUGAGGAAAUGUUAAAACAAAACAAAAACACUGAAUGCUCUUUAAUGUAUAACUGUCAAAUAUGGGGAAUUCACGAUCUCAUCUUAUCUCA